GCUGGCCGUGUGCACGCUCCUCCGGCUGCAGCUGCUGCUCGCGCUGGGCGCGUGGUGCGCGCGGGCGAGCGCCCCGCGCUGCAGCUACACCUUCGUGCUGCCCGCGCACAAGUUCACGGGCGCCGUGUGCUGGAGCGGAGGCCCCGCCCCCGCGCGCCCGACGGCCGAGGCCGCCAACGCCAGCGAGCUGGCCGCGCUGCGCGUGCGCCUGGGGCGCCACGAGGAGCAGCUGCGCGAGCUGCAGCGAUUGGCCGCCGCCGACGGCGCCGUGGCCGGCGAGGUGCGCGCGCUGCGCAAGGAGAGCCGCGGCCUGAGCGCGCGCCUGGGCCAGCUGCGCGCGCAGCUGCAGGACGAGGCGGCGCCGGGGGCGGGGCCGACGGCGUCGGGGGCGGAGCCCGGGGCGGAGCCUGCCGCCGCGCUGGAGCUGCUCGGCGAGCGCGUGCUCAAUGCCUCGGCCGAGGCGCAGCGGGCCGCCGCCCGCUUCCACCUGCUGGACGCCCGCUUCCGGGAGCUGGCCCAGCUGGUGAGCCGGCAGAGCGGCCUCAUCGCCCGCCUGGAGCGCCUGUGCCCCGCGGGCGCCGCCGGGCAGCAGCAGGUCCUGCCGCCACCCCUGGUGCCUGUGGUACCCCUGAGUCUCGUGGGCAGUGCCAAUAACCCCAGCAGGAGAGAAGACAGUCUGAGACUGCAGGGACCCCCAGCCUCUCCCAUGCCCGCAGGGAACCCUGCUGCCCCCACCAAACCAGCAGGUCCCUGGCGUGACUGUGCAGAGGCCCACGAGGCCGGACACAGGCAGAGCAGAGUGUACGAGCUCCAGCCGGGCCGCCAAGGGUUUGCAGCCUGGUGUGAGCAGCAGCUGGAGGGUGGCGGGUGGACGGUGAUCCAGCGCAGGCAAGAUGGCUCCGUCAACUUCUUCACUACCUGGCAGCAAUACAAGGUGGGCUUUGGGCGGCCUGAUGGGGAAUACUGGCUGGGCCUCGAACCCAUCUAUCAGCUGACCAGCCGCGGGGACCACGAGCUCCUGGUGCUGCUGGAGGACUGGGGGGGGCGUGGGGCUCGCGCCCACUACGACAGCUUCUCCCUGGAACCCGAGAGCGACCACUACCGCCUGCGGCUGGGCCAGUACCGGGGCGAUGCCGGAGACUCGCUUUCCUGGCACAAUGACAAACCCUUCAGCACCGUGGAUAGGGACCGAGACUCCUAUUCUG